CUCAACUGUCAACACAAGCACUAGCAAAACACAGAAGCAAGAAAAUUCCUAUCAGUUGUUCGCCGCCAUGGAUGAUGGAGGAGCAGAAAACCAUGAGAAGCUCCUGCACAAGUCGAGCACCGGAAACGGGACUACAUCGACAGAUCCCAAUGAUUACACCAUCAUCAAAGAAGGAGAAGCAGAGAUUCUUAUGCACGCCAGAAACGAAGUCUUCUUUAACAAAGCCCAGGUUAACAACAGAGACCUAUCCAUUGCUGUCCUGAGGACAUUUAUAUCCAAACGCAAGGAAGAGCAUGCAGAAAUGUUGGCGAAAAGGAAUAAAGCAGCACGUAAAGCAUCAGAAGAUGCUCAUUCUGGACCUGUAGAAGAAGAAAAAGAAGAAGCACAGACCAUGCAUGAUUCUGGAAAACCAAAUGGAGAAUGUGAAGUUCAUAUGGAUCCAUCUCAAAAUGAAUCAUGUGACAUCUCACCAGAACCUUUUAAGACCACAGAGGGUAAAGCCCCAGAGGAACCAAAGCCACUAAGAGUGCUGGAGGCAUUGGCUGCCUCUGGGUUAAGAGCUCUGCGAUAUGCAUGUGAAGUGGAAGGAAUUGGUAAAGUUGUGGCCCUAGACAAUGAUAAAGCAUCUGUUGAAGCUUGCAAAAGAAACAUAAAAUACAAUGGUUCAGUCGCCUUGUCAAAGGUGGAGUCUCAUCUUGCUGAUGCUCGUGUUUUUAUGCUCACGCACCUGAAAGAAUUUGAUAUGGUUGAUCUUGAUCCUUAUGGUUCACCUUCUGUGUUCUUGGACUCUGCGGUUCAAUCUGUUGUUGAUGGAGGCAUGUUGAUGUGCACAGCUACUGAUAUGGCAGUACUCUGCGGGGGCAAUGGGGAGGUCUGCUACUCCAAAUAUGGCUCUUAUCCACUCAAAGGAAAAUAUUGCCAUGAAAUGGCAUUGAGGAUCCUUCUUGCAUGCAUUGAGAGCCAUGCAAAUCGCUAUAAACGAUACAUUGUUCCUGUCCUCUCUGUACAAAUGGAUUUUUAUGUGCGAGUCUUUGUUCGCAUAUUCACUUCUGCAAGUGCAAUGAAGAACACGCCUCUUAAGCUCUCGUAUGUUUAUCAGUGCAUUGGCUGUGACUCUUUCCAUCUGCAGUGCCUUGGAAGGACAGUGGAAAAGAAUAAAAGUGUCAGAUAUUUACCGGGAUUUGGUCCUGUAGUCCCUCAAGAGUGCAACCAUUGCAGGAAGAAGUUUAAUAUGGGUGGUCCCAUAUGGUCUGCUCCAAUCCAUGAUCAAGAAUGGGUUGCUUCUAUAUUAGCAAAUGUUAAAUCUAUGAAGAGUCGUUAUCCUGCUUAUGAUCGGAUCUCUGCCGUACUUGCAACAAUAUCAGAGGAAUUGCCGGAUGUUCCUCUUUUUGUGAGUUUGCACAGCCUCUGUGCAACAUUAAAAUGCACUUCACCUUCAGCAGUUAUGUUCCGCUCAGCGGUGAUUAAUGGUGGAUAUCGUAUUUCUGGAACUCAUGUCAAUCCAUUAGGGCUCAAGUCAGAUGCUCCCAUGGAUGUUAUUUGGGAUAUCAUGCGCUGCUGGGUCAAGAAUCAUCCAGUGAAAGCUCAGUCACCUGAUCAAUCUGGAAGUGUGAUCCUUGCCAAGGAACCUACUUUGCAAGCUAAUUUUGCUCGCGCAGUUGCUUCCCUUAGCAAGGCACAAGCUAAGAAGGUAGCACGCUUCCUUCCAAAUCCUGAAAGGCAUUGGGGCCCAAAACUUAGGGCAGGUCGUCAUAUCACAAGCAAGCAUGCAUCUUUGUUGGGUCCUGAAGCAGUUAAUAACUCUAUUAACCAUGAACGAGAUGAAUGUAAUGCUAAGCGCCAGAAGACAGAUAAUUCUACCUCAUCUCCUUCAUGAGCAGGUUGACCUCCCAUAACUUUUUAUACAUCUAUAGAGUCUGUCUGGGCAUGUGAUUCUUUGCGCCAGCAGCAACAAUUCCUUUCAUGUGAGAGAGGUUGAAGUGGCAUUUCCCAGGUAAAUGGCUUGGGGGAGGAAGUUUUGCCAUGGAGCA